GAAGGAAACCUAUUGGCUGCCGCCUCUUAGGGAGGCUCCCAGGGGAGGAGCUGCCUCGCCCCUGAAGGAACUAGCCUUCCAGACCUCCGGUUCUGAGGGAGAGGUCUCUCCACUGCUUCUCUGCCCCACCCAUCCUCAUCCUUCCAGUGGGCGCCACUGCACCCACAGUCAUGGUUCUCGCCUGCGCAGGAGCCCUGGCCACCUCCCUCUCCUCCAAGGUCCUGUGUGCAGCCAGCCUGGCCCAGAUGGGUGGGGUGGCCGGAGUGUCCUCACUGGGGAAGGCUCUGGCAGCCAUGAACCCUGCUGUGUGCACCCUGGGGUCCAUGCUGGGGUCCCUGCAGGGCUCCAUUUUGCUGGUGUCUCCUGUGGCAGCCAAGGUUGCUGCAGCUGCAGUGGGAGGAGCCCUGUCCGUGGGCUCUGUGCCUGUGGUCCUGGGUGCGGUGGGCUUUACUGGGACGGGAAUCACGGCCUCCUCUAUUGCGGCCAAGAUGAUGUCUGCAGCUGCCAUCGCCAACGGGGGAGGAGUGGCUGCCGGCAGCCUGGUGGCGACCCUCCAGUCUGUGGGGGCAGCUGGACUGUCUGCCUCCUCCAACAUCCUUCUGGGCUCUGCCGGGUCUGCUCUCGGGGCCUGGCUGUGUGACGUAGAGAGCUGGCUGCCUUCUUCUCUUGGUGGCGGACUGGUUCCUGAAGGGGCGCAGGCCUUCUGUGGUGGGUCCAUCCCUGAAGGGGAGCAGGCCUUCUGUGAUGGAGCGGAAGUUGUAGCACCUCAGGGUGACACCCCCCCCCCUACAGUACCUUCUGAUACUGUUCAGUCAUGAGAAAUAAAGGGUGACCUGUCA